AUUUCCUCCCCAGAAGAGAAUAGAUGUAAUUACUUAACGCCUCCGAGCUCAGAGCUCCUCUUAUUAAAAGAGGAUCGUGCCCUCGAGGGCUGGAGGGGUGGAAGAUACUCGUCUGGUGGGGGUGGGAGUGGAGGUGGAAGCACAACAAUCGUCGGAGAACGAUCGCGAAGAAAGGGAAACGUUGUCGGGCUCGUUCCCUCGAAGAUGAACAACGGCGGAGAUCAAGCUUCAUCGUGCUUUCGAUCGUCUCUGGCUUUCCCAGAAUAUUUCUGCGUCGAUCUGUUCAAGUCGGUAUUCGUGAAAUUCUCCGGAGGACAAUUGCGAGUUGUUUAAUAAAAAAAAAAAAAAAAAGAAAAGAGAAGGUGAAAGAAGAAAGGAGAAGAAAUAAAGGAAGGACGAUAGUCUUUUGUGGUGGAAAAAAUUUGAACUUUGCAGAAGUGCGCAUCUCGUUGACGGCAUUAGAGGCUAAGGUCGACGCUGCUGCCUAGGCUCCACGACAGGGGUGGUUUGUCGAAUGCUGUGGGGAAGGGAGGAGCCAUCUUGCGGCUGCUUUCAGGGCAGCCACCAAUUGAUUCAUCCCCACUACGGCACCACCAUUACUGCAAGGAAGGGGCGUCGAUUCAAUUCCAGGGCAAAAAAACCGUCUAUGAGGCGGAGUUCGCUCCGUAAUCCAUCCGUCCUCAUUGGCCAGGAAUAGAGUGGCACCCGUGAACCCACCAUCUGUCCGACCAAUCCAAAGCCUCUGGGUGGCGACCCAAACCAGUUUUGACUUCGUGGACAGAGGGGAGCCGUUGACUUCACUCUCCAGGCAGAUAGUGCUGUGCCGUUGGCUCGUGCCGUAGUGGUCCUAACACUAACAGGUCCUUGCCAACAAGGAAUCCCUGGAAUCCGUUCCGUUGCGCGCUCGAAUUCACCCCACGGACUGCCAAAUACACAAAUACGACCUGUGCUCUUCUCUAAUCUCGUCAGCUGAUUGGUGUUUUCGUUGCUGUUGAUUGCGUAACCUGAUGUCCAGGUACGCAACGUCGUACGACGACACCGUCACCUCUAAACAGUUUUUAACAAGUGUGAUCGUCGACCAGUGCACCGUGGACUUGUGUUUUCAACGAUGGCCCAGUUUCCCUAGUGACUUUUGCGGUUUGGCGGGUUCAUUCGCAAAAUUGACGGAGACAUGAACAUUCAGGGUGAAGAUUAGAUCCCGGACGGAAAGUUUGAUCUCGGAAAGAUCGACAAUGAGAAAUCGUGGCGUGAAACUGGAGUGUUAGUUACCGAGACUGUACUCGCGAAAGGACUAAAUGGACUCUCGAAAUACGUGUUUCAUGAAAUUCUGCUUGACUAAUUUGGUGGGAUUAUAUUUUUUGAGAUUUGGGAGAAAAUCGCCGAGGACUUUGAAUAUUAGAUAAAAGACUGAAGCAUAGAAGCUGAAAAUACUGGCAGAAAGAAUUUACAUAGAAUCCUCGAUGCAAGGAUUCUCUUAAAAGGCAAAAAGGUCGAUUGCCAUUGACGGAAACCUCGAAUCUCGCCUUCCGACGGCUGUCGACUUACCACGAGCACGUUCACUUGCAAACGCAUUCGCCAUCCUUCCACCUCCACGAUUACCGAUCUUCAACAAACAUGAUCAAUCUCGCUGCAUAUAUCUAAAAGGAGCCUCUAAAUUCCAUCAAUCUUAAACUUAAACCUUCCAUGUAAGAUGUAAACAAACGAUUCCUUGGUACAUCAUUGAAAACUUAUCUCACGUGUGUCGUACUCUGAAAUUGAGGUGUCCAGACCUGCAACAACUGUUCUCGUCGAAUGUCAGUUCCCAUGAAGUUGAGGAAACCACGAUCGUCGAAAGUAUAGCGUAUCGAGGAUAGAGUAGAGGGAUAUAGAUGCAAAAUAAGUGAAAUCUCUCCGGUGGAGAGACAGCCAGUCGUCAAGUUGGUCCCAAACAUGGUCCUGGAACCAGGAGGUGGUCUGUCCUUUCCACUGCCUCCUGGUAGCGGCUCUACUGGUUCCGGUGGUUCCCUCCUGACUCCGGCCAGACUGUUCCAGAGGGCGACACCCGUGUUUCCGUUUCAUCUGACAGGAUGGCCACCACAUCAUCCGGUCCUCGGACAGGUUCAAAGUCAGGUACAGCAGACGAUGCAAGCUCAGCAUCAAGCAGCCGCGGCCGCUGUCAGGUUCCUCAGUCAUCAUCAUCCUCAUCAUCCGCAUCCGGCACUAGGGAACCACCCCCUGGUGCCGGCGAUAACUAGCCACCAUCCGACCGCCCAUCAUCUUCAUCACGGCGCCGAUCACGCCGACGAGGAUGACGAGAAGAAAGGCUGCGAUGGUGAAUCGGACGAAGGUGGAAGCAAAAGGCGAAGGAGCAGGACCAACUUUAAUAGCUGGCAACUGGAGGAAUUGGAACGGGCAUUUCUCUCGAGUCAUUAUCCUGAUGUGUUUAUGCGAGAAGCUCUGGCUGUGAGACUCGAGCUGAAAGAGAGCCGCGUAGCCGUAUGGUUCCAAAACAGAAGGGCAAAAUGGAGGAAGAAGGAGCACACGAAGAAGGGUCCAGGAAGGCCGGCGCAUAACGCUCAUCCUCAGAGUUGUAGCGGCGAACCCAUUCCACCUGAAGAGCUGAGAAGAAAGGAGAGGGAAAGGCGGCAGAAAAAAUUGUUGAAAGCUCUUGAACGACAGCAGAGGAAGUUAGCUGCGAAGGGAAUCACCGUGGACCUCUCGACGCUUCGCACCGAAUGGGAGUCCCGGAGCGCCGCGGCAUCCAGCGGAAAUUCCCUGAACGGCAGCCUAGGAAGCUCGUUCAACCACUUGACAAACAACAACGAGAGCAGCAGCGUGUCAGGUUCCGGAAACGACGCGAACGAGGAGAUUGACGUGGUGGGUGGUCUGGAUUCUUGCAGCGAGAGCGGCAGCGAGAGAGUCGAUUCGGCUGCGGAUGGCUCUAUCGACGGAGAGUGUUAUCCAAGGCUAGCAAAUACCAGCAACGAACAGAACGAUCCUCGGAGAUCGGUGAACCAGGUCUCAGGGAGUCUUCAAAGUCCCAACUCCAGCCUGGGCCUCGAUCAUUUGAACCAUCAGCAAGGGAUUCAUCAUUGGGGUUUAAGCCUUCUAGAGAGAAGAAGGGAGCUAGUGAACAUCAACAGUGCAGGUGGACCGCGCCAGUCAACGAACAGUAGCAGCAAUCCUGGCAGAACAUCCGUCAGGCAACAGACCAACGAAGAAGAGGUCCAAAGCAGUAGCAUAGACUUGUCCGUGAAAGGGAGAGAAGAAAGAAAGAGGCUGAACCCCUUCUCCAUAGACAGUCUCCUGGGCAAUAACAGAACCAGCACCCCUGGAAUCCACAACGAAUACAGAGCCUCGACGCCGACCCUUUCUAACGGAAGGGAGUCGAGCAGCCCCACGUCGCCGAUCUCCGUACCCACUUCGCCAUCCACCACGUAGUGAGUCAAGAAGUCAAAUUCCUUCCAGUCGAGAUUGUCCGGUGACAAACGACGCGAGUUUCGGUGUUAGACAACGAAGUGAUGGGCCAGUUUCGCGAGAACAUUAUCGUAAACAACGAGAAGGUUGAGGUUAGAAAGAUUCACACGUUUAGGACAGUACCCUAUUAUCGCUGUUCGAGGUGGAACAGAAGAGUUCCUGUGAUGGCGAGCCUAGGUCUUUCGUUUCUUAGAAGACUUGCCACGGUUUCGUGAUAGGUCGAGCAAGGUUAACAUUGUUUAGUAUCGUUCGAUUGGUCAAGAAGAAUCUUUAACGAAGGAUGACGAACAGUGAUUUGAUCUACGUUCCACGAUCCAAUUGGAGAUUCCAGAAAGUUUUCGCUGCCGAAGCGUGACUGUUUUCGUCGGUCGCGUGGCUCGAAAGAGACAAAGAGAAAAGCGACGAGUUUUUUGACUGAAUAAAGGGAAGCUUAUAUCAGUUUCGACAUAUCUGCAUCGAGUGCGUGAGUGACGUUGAGUCUGUCCAGGGUGUUCGACUUUCUUCUUUGUCCUGCGUGUUCGAGUGUAGAGAUCGAGACGAGAAUGUGCAAUAAAACAAGCAUCAUCUUCCUCUUUUUCGCUCUAGAACGAUUUUGUUCGGGAGAUAUGACGGAGGAUGAGAGAUAGAUAGAGAUAGUAAGGAUGCGUGUGCGAGAGAGCGACAGACUGCGCGUGUAUUUAAUGUAAAUAGCUCGAAGUAUGGACGAUUUCGUUUUAUUUAAUUGAUCGUAGUCGAUACCCAAGUGUUCGUCGAGUCGCGGAUAUUAUUUAAAGCAAUAGAGAUUUCGCCUGGUACGCGUGUAUAUAACAUAGAGAAUAAAAGGAAAGUUUUAGACAGUGCGUGAAGGAUGCUGAAAAUAAUGACAAGCGGUACAAAGCUGAAUUACGGGAUGUUUCUCCUCUUCUUGUUUUUUUUCUUUUUUUUUUUUUUUUUGUAUGUCAUACCAGGGUGCAUUUUGUGUGUAUGUGAGAGAGAGGGGGAUAUCGGAGAUCGAUAAGGGGAUGCGAAGAGGAGAAGAGAGGGACAGAGGAAGAGUGUGUGUGUGAGAGAGAGAGAGAGAGAGAGAGAAGAUGUUACGAGAUGCCAUAAAAUCUGGGAUGCGAGACAGUAUCUACCGUAUAUUCAUUUCAAAUAUAUUAAUUUAUUCUCAACACUA